ACGUCAACUUUUUUGACAUAAUAAGUGUCUGAAAACCUAUUCACGAGUUUACAAACGUUGAUAUUUUUCACUGUAUUUCUUAAAAAAAUCAAAAUGAUAAGCGUACUCAACACAAUAGAUACAGGCCAUGAAGACAUGAUCCAUGACGCAGAGUUAGAUUAUUACGGUCUGCGUCUCGCUACUUGUUCUUCUGAUAACUCCGUGAAAAUAUACGAUAUUAAAAGUGGUACUCAAACUCUCGCAGCCGACCUCAAGGGUCAUUUUGGGCCGGUGUGGCAAGUUGCUUGGGCACAUCCAAAGUAUGGUAACCUUCUAGCAUCCUGUUCAUACGAUAGGAAAGUUAUAAUUUGGAAAGAGGCCGGCGAGUGGACAAAGCUGUAUGAAUACACCGGUCACGAAAGUUCUGUCAACUCUGUAGCUUGGGCACCAGCGGAGUAUGGAUUGAUACUAGCGUGCUGCAGUUCUGACGGCUCCAUUUCCAUAAUCACUUACAAUAAUGAUGUUGGAAACUGGGAUGUUAAAAAGAUAUCUGGAGCUCAUGCUAUAGGUGUUAAUUCCGUGAGCUGGUGCCCAGCAAUUUCAGCAGAUCUGAGCUUAGAUCCACUUACAAAUAAAGAAGCCCCUAAAAGACUGGUGUCUGGAGGAUGUGACAAUUUAAUUAAGAUAUGGAGAGAACAAGGAGAUCAAUGGGUGGAAGAGAAUCGUCUAGAAAUGCAUAUAGAUUGGGUCAGGGAUGUGGCUUGGGCACCUUCUCUGGGCUUGCAGAAGUCCAUGAUUGCAAGUUGCUCGCAAGACAAACGAGUUGUCAUUUGGACAAGUGAUGAUAAUGUAUCCUGGACGCCAACUAUUUUGAACACCUUUGAUGAUGUUGUAUGGAGUGUCAGCUGGUCACUGACAGGGAACAUUCUGGCCGUCUCCGGGGGAGAUAAUAAAGUUAGCUUAUGGAGAGAGAGUGUUGAAGGACAGUGGCAAUGCAUUAGUGAAGUAUCCAAGGGCUUAGGACAGACAUCCAAUGAUGAGAGGAGUACUUUGUGAUCAUAUACCAAUUGAAUUUGUGUAAUUUUUCGUUCUUUUAAUUCCUAUGUAAUUGUAUUAUUAAAUAAUUAUUAUUAACAGA